AUGGUAAAUGAAAGCAAAAACAUGUACAUCCCGGAGGACACCCUUGAGAACCAUCAAGGCUCCGACUACUCUCCCCCUCCCCCCCUUCCUCCCCCUGUACUGACCAACGAGCACACUGGCGGUGGCAGCCACAGUGACCAUGGUGGAGGAGGGGGCGGGGUCAACCACGGGGUGGGUGUGGUGGGCCUUGCCCCGGAGCACUUGGCCACACCGGGGGCGGCCCUGAGCUGGCAGGCGGCCAUCGACGCUGCGCGUCAGGCGAAGAUGAUGGGCAACGCCGCAUCAAGUGUAGGGGCGGUGCUCGGGUCGGGAGGGGGCGGACCCAUCUCCACAGCUAGCUCCACGCAAAGGAAGAGACAACACUAUAGCUCCAAGCCGAAGAAACAGACUACAACGACUGCCACAAGGCCGCCACGGGCCCUGCUCUGUCUCACACUCAAGAACCCCAUCCGCAGGGCCUGCAUCAGCAUCGUAGAGUGGAAACCAUUUGAAAUCAUCAUCCUGAUGACCAUUUUCGCCAAUUGUGUGGCCUUAGCUGUCUACAUCCCCUUCCCUGAGGAUGACUCAAACGCCACCAACUCCAACCUGGAGCGUGUGGAGUAUCUUUUCCUCAUCAUUUUCACGGUGGAGGCUUUCUUGAAGGUAAUAGCCUACGGCCUGCUCUUCCACCCCAACGCCUACCUGAGAAACGGCUGGAAUCUGCUCGACUUCAUCAUCGUAGUCGUAGGGUUAUUCAGUGCGAUCUUGGAGCAGGCCACAAAAGGCGACGGGGCUACUCCUAUUGGAGGGAAGGCGGCGGGCUUCGAUGUAAAGGCUCUGAGGGCCUUCAGAGUACUCAGACCCCUCAGACUGGUCUCUGGAGUACCCAGUUUACAGGUAGUGUUGAACUCCAUAAUCAAAGCCAUGGUUCCUCUGCUCCACAUCGCCCUGCUGGUCCUCUUUGUCAUCAUCAUCUAUGCCAUCAUUGGCCUGGAGCUCUUCAUGGGCAAGAUGCACAAGACCUGUGCUCACGAGCAAACAGGCACCUUUACGGAAAAAAAGCCGGCACCGUGUGCGCUUGACGGAGCUUACGGUCGACACUGUAUGCACAAUGGAACCCACUGUAUGGGGGGGUGGGAGGGCCCCAACGACGGCAUCACCAACUUUGACAACUUUGCCUUUGCCAUGUUGACGGUGUUCCAGUGUAUAACCAUGGAGGGCUGGACGGAAGUGCUGUACUGGAUGCAGGAUGCUAUGGGCUAUGAGCUGCCAUGGGUCUAUUUUGUCUCUCUCGUCAUCUUCGGCUCCUUUUUCGUUCUCAAUCUCGUUCUGGGGGUGUUGAGCGGAGAGUUUUCCAAGGAGAGAGAGAAGGCCAAAGCACGUGGUGACUUCCAGAAACUCAGAGAAAAACAGCAGCUAGAAGAAGACCUCAAGGGCUAUUUAGACUGGAUCACUCAGGCUGAGGACAUUGACCCAGAGAAUGAAGAGGAGGGCAUGGAUGAUGACAAACCUAGAAACCUGAGCAUGCCAGCCAGUGAGAAUGAAUCUGUCAACACAGACAACGCCCCCGGGGGAGACGUGGAGGGGGAGACCUGCUGUACCCGGCUAGCAAAUAGGAUCUCCAAAUCCAAGUUCAGUCGAUACUCUCGGAGGUGGAACAGGCUGUGUAGGAGGAAGUGCCGGGCAGCGGUCAAAUCGCAGGUUUUCUAUUGGCUGGUCAUCUUCCUGGUUUUCCUCAACACACUCACCAUCGCCUCUGAACAUCACCAGCAGCCUCAGUGGUUAACAGAUGUACAGGACAUUGCCAACAAGGUGUUGCUAGCACUCUUCACUGGCGAGAUGCUGUUGAAGAUGUACAGUUUGGGUCUGCAGGCAUACUUUGUUUCGCUCUUCAAUCGCUUCGACAGCUUUGUAGUUUGUGGUGGCAUUCUUGAAACCAUUCUGGUGGAAACCAAGAUCAUGUCUCCUCUGGGCAUCUCUGUGCUGCGUUGUGUACGCUUGCUGCGAAUCUUCAAAAUAACCAGAUACUGGAACUCUCUUUCCAACCUGGUGGCGUCCCUGCUGAACUCUGUACGCUCCAUCGCUUCCCUGUUGCUCCUGCUCUUCCUCUUCAUCAUCAUCUUCUCCCUGCUGGGAAUGCAGCUCUUCGGGGGAAAAUUCAACUUUGACGAGACCCGACGCAGCACCUUUGACAACUUUCCCCAGUCUCUGCUCACCGUGUUUCAGAUCCUGACAGGAGAGGACUGGAACUCUGUGAUGUAUGAUGGUAUCAUGGCGUACGGUGGACCAUCCUUCCCCGGAAUGUUGGUCUGCAUCUACUUCAUCAUCCUCUUCAUCUGCGGAAACUACAUCCUACUGAAUGUCUUCUUGGCCAUCGCUGUUGACAAUCUAGCAGAUGCAGAGAGCCUGACAUCCGCCCAGAAAGAAGAGGAAGAGGAGAAGGAGAGGAAAAAACUGGCCAGAUUGGCCAGCCCAGAAAAACGUCAAGCCAAUGAGAAGCUGCCCCUAGAGGAUAAAAAGGAGAAGAAGAAGAAGAAGAAAAAGAAGAAGGAGAUAGAGCUGAAGUCCAUCACUUCUGAUGGAGAGGCCAACACUGCCACUAAGAUUAGCAUAGAUGACUACUGUGGAGAUGAGAGUGAGGAGAAGAACCCAUACCCUGCCAACGACUACAUAGGAGACGAUGAUGAGGAGGAGCCUGAGAUGCCGGUGGGCCCGAGGCCGCGACCCCUCUCUGACAUUCAGUUGAAGGAGAAAGCCAUUCCGAUGCCUGAGGCCCGCGCUUUCUUUGUCUUUAGUGACACUAACAAAUUCAGGGUUCUGUGCCAUAAGAUCGUCAACCACAACAUCUUCACCAACCUCAUCCUCUUCUUCAUCCUGCUGAGCAGCAUCAGUCUGGCCGCUGAGGACCCGGUCAAGAAUGACUCCUUCAGAAACCAGAUCCUAGGCUAUGCAGAUCAUGUGUUUACUGGACUUUUCACCAUUGAGAUCAUUCUUAAGAUGACAGCCUAUGGGGCCGUGCUCCAUAAAGGUUCUUUCUGUAGAAACUAUUUCAAUAUUUUGGACCUGGUGGUUGUCAGUGUGUCCCUCAUCUCUUCUGGAAUACAACUAGACUUCUCGACGUCCAGUGCCAUUAACGUGGUUAAGAUCCUGAGGGUUCUGCGGGUGCUCAGACCGCUGAGGGCCAUCAACAGAGCCAAAGGACUAAAGCAUGUCGUGCAGUGCGUAUUUGUGGCAAUCCGGACCAUCGGCAACAUCGUCAUCGUCACCACGCUUCUCCAGUUCAUGUUCGCCUGCAUCGGAGUACAGCUCUUUAAGGGCAAGUUCUUCACCUGUACGGACAGCUCCAAACAGAAUUAUGCAGAGUGCAGGGGUUCCUACAUUAUGUAUAAGGAUGGUGAUGUGGGGAAGCCUGAAAGAGCCCAGAGACUGUGGGAGAACAGCGACUUCAACUUCGACGACGUCCUGCAAGGCAUGAUGGCUCUGUUUGCUGUGUCUACCUUCGAGGGCUGGCCAGGGUUAUUGUACCGAGCCAUAGACUCUCACGCCGAGGACGUCGGGCCCAUCUACAACUACCGUGUGGUCAUCUCCAUCUUCUUCAUCAUCUACAUCAUCAUCAUCGCGUUCUUCAUGAUGAACAUCUUCGUGGGUUUCGUCAUUGUCACAUUCCAGGAGCAAGGAGAGCAAGAGUAUAAGAACUGUGAGCUGGACAAGAACCAGCGUCAGUGUGUGGAGUACGCUUUGAAGGCACGUCCAUUGCGGCGCUACAUCCCCAAAAACCCCUACCAGUAUAAGGUCUGGUAUGUGGUCAACUCCACCUACUUUGAGUACCUGAUGUUCACACUCAUCCUUCUCAACACCAUCUGUCUGGCCAUGCAGCAUCAUGGACAGACAAAAGGCUUCAACGACGCCAUGAACAUCCUCAACAUGCUCUUCACUGGACUCUUCACUGUGGAGAUGAUCCUCAAACUGAUCGCCUUCAAACCCAGGGGGUACUUUAGUGAUCCCUGGAAUGUGUUUGAUUUCCUCAUCGUAAUUGGCAGCAUAAUAGACGUCAUUCUCAGUGAGAUCAACCAUUAUUUUGUUGAUGCAUGGAACACAUUUGAUGCCUUGAUAGUUGUGGGUAGCAUUGUUGACAUAGCGAUCACUGAGGUUAACCCAGCUGACUCCUCCUCGUCCUCGUCCUCCUCCUCUUCGCCCUCCUCCUCCUCCUCUUCCUCCUCUCUCCCCCCUGUGGUAAGGCCAAUGGGACUGCAGAACUCUGAAGAGAACGCCAGGAUCUCCAUCACCUUCUUCCGGCUGUUCCGCGUGAUGAGGCUGGUGAAGCUGCUGUCUCGCGGGGAAGGGAUUCGGACCCUGCUGUGGACCUUCAUCAAAUCUUUCCAAGCUCUGCCCUACGUAGCUCUGCUUAUAGUGAUGCUAUUCUUCAUAUACGCUGUCAUCGGCAUGCAGAUGUUUGGUAAGAUAGCUCUGCGGGAUGGCACGGAGAUCAACAGGAACAACAAUUUCCAGACGUUCCCUCAGGCGGUCCUGCUGCUCUUCAGAUGUGCAACGGGCGAGGCGUGGCAGGAGAUCAUGCUGGCGUGCUCGCUCAAUCGGCCAUGUGAGAAAGGGUCGACCAAUGAGAACAACUCGGCCCACGAGGACUGUGGCAGCCAGUUCGCCAUCAUUUACUUUGUCAGCUUCUACAUGCUCUGUGCCUUCCUGAUCAUCAACCUGUUUGUGGCCGUCAUCAUGGACAACUUUGACUACCUGACACGCGAUUGGUCAAUCCUGGGGCCGCAUCAUCUUGAUGAAUUCAAGAGGAUCUGGGCUGAAUAUGACCCAGAAGCUAAGGGGAGGAUAAAGCACCUGGAUGUGGUGACUCUGCUGCGAAGAAUCCAGCCUCCUCUGGGUUUUGGAAAGCUCUGUCCUCAUAGGGUGGCCUGCAAGCGUCUGGUGUCGAUGAACAUGCCUCUGAACAGCGAUGGAACAGUCAUGUUUAACGCCACACUGUUUGCUCUGGUCAGAACCGCACUCAGGAUCAAGACGGAUGGUAACCUGGAGCAGGCCAACGAGGAGCUGAGGGCGAUAGUGAAGAAGAUCUGGAAGAGAACCAGCAUGAAGCUCUUGGAUCAAGUAGUGCCCCCUGCUGGAGAUGAUGAGGUAACAGUCGGGAAGUUCUACGCCACCUUCCUCAUCCAGGAAUAUUUCCGCAAGUUUAAGAAGAGGAAAGAACAAGGGCUGGUGACCAAGGUGGCCCCCAAAACAGCCCUUUCUCUGCAGGCGGGCCUGCGGACAUUACAUGACAUCGGCCCAGAGAUUCGGAGGGCCAUCUCCGGAGACCUGACCGUGGAGGAGGAGCUGGAUAAAGGCAUGAAGGAGCCCGUUUCUGCAGCAUCCGAGGAUGAUAUCUUCAGGGUAAAGCGGACGGGAGGGUUGUUCAGCAACCACGUCAACUACUACAACCAGAGCGAUGGCCGCGCUUCCUUUCCACAGUCCUUCACUACCCAGCGUCCCUUGCACAUCAGCCAGAAAGGCUCCCCUUGCGAAGGCGAGAGCCCAUCCCACGAGAAGCUCAUGGACUCGACCACCUUCACCCCUUCCUCUUACUCUUCAUCCGGCUCCAACGCCAACAUCAACAAUGCCAACAACACUAGCAUGGUCGGGGUGACGCCCCAGGGCAUCAGCCGAUUCCCGAGCCCGUCUAUAAGCACCGUGGACGGGCACACGGGGCAGCCACUCACCCCCAUCCUGCUGCCAAGAUCUGCAUGGUGCUUUCCUCCAAAGAGGACGUGUUUUUUUGACACCCUCAUGCGCUCGGACUCAACGGACAGCCGCCUGCCGAUCAUCCGUCGGGGCGACGGGUCGACGGAGGAGACGUACGAUGAGAGCUACGGUGACAACAGGAAGUACCUCGAGGACGACCACUCGCUCUCCUCCGAAAUGCUGGUAUACCAGGAUGAAACAUGUAAGCAGUUGACUCCAAUGGAGGAAGGAGAGGACGGAGAAGACAGAAGAGGAGGAGGAGGAUGGCAGUCUCCCAGGAGAGUCUUCCUCUGCCCCACUUCUCUAGGGCGGAGAUCGUCUUUCCAUCUCGAGUGUCUGAGGAGACACUCAAGGCCGGACCUCUCCCAGAAGACAUCUGUACCGCUACACCUUGUACAUCAUCAGGCUCUGGCAGUUGCAGGAUUGAGCCCUCUGCUCAGACGGAGUCACUCCCCCACCCUCUUCAGUCGGCUGUGCUCCACGCCUCCAGCCAGUCCCACAGCCACUGGCAGUGACCCUUCCUACCAGCGAGUGCCCUCUCUGAGGCUAGAGGGCACAAGCUCCCAUGAAAAGCUCAACACCAGCCUGCCCUCUGUCAACUGUGGGCCCUGGUACAACGACAGUAAUGGGAACAGCCGAGGGCCAAGUCCCACCCCCAGUGUGUCCAAUCAGAGACCGCCACGGCCAGUGUCGCUCACAGUGCCCUCGCUACUCGGAAAAGACUCCAGCUCCCUGUGUCACGGCAGCGCAGGGAGUCUGGUGGAGGCGGUGCUAAUAUCAGAGGGUUUGGGUCAGUUCGCCCAGGACCCGUCUUUUAUCGAGGUGACUAAAGCAGAGUUGGCCGACGCAUGCGACAUGACCAUUGAGGAGAUGGAGCAGGCAGCCAACAACAUUAUCAACGGUAACACUGCGGCCAACGUCACAUCCAGCACCUCCUCCACCUCCCAGCACAGCCCCAACGGCAACCUCCUCCCUUUCCACACAGCAGCAGCAAUGCACAGGGACCGGGCGCUCAUCGAGGGCGGGGAGGAAGCCGGGGGAAGCAGAGGCUCCAUCCAUGGGCCAUCCUCAGUGGAGGAGCGGCAGGAGCUGCUAGCAGGUGUGAGGGGACAAGAGGAGGAGGAGGAGGAGGAGGAGGAGGAGGAGGAGGAGGAGGAGGAAGAGGCAGGAGGGACGGAGGAGGAGCAGCACAGAAGCUCUGUUGUGAUUGGAGGAGCGCGGCAGAGGAACAGCGGGCUGUUGGAGGACGAGGAUAUGGAGUGUGUGACAAGUUUGUAGGAAUGGUGACGGGUUCGAAUGGCCAACUGGCCCCUCUGACAUCAUCAGAGACUGACGCCUGUCAGUGCUGGGUAACAGCGCCGAGGCUGGCUCUGUCUGUCCCCACCCUCACACACUCACACACACUGUCUGCCUCUCUGCCAGACCAACCGCUCUGGACAAUGGCGGCCAGUGACGCAACCUUAAACACCGGGUUAUGACUCUGUUAGUCUGUAUGUGUGUGAAUGUUUGUAGUGAAGUAUACCACACUAUACUCUAUACUAUCUGAGUGUAUGCUUUUGUGUGUGUGUGUGUGUGUGUGUGUGUGUGUGUGUGUGUGUGUGAGUGUGUGAUCUAUAAUUUUCUCAAUUUGUAUGUAAGUGCGUGUGUUCUCCACACAUGUCUGAGUGUGUCUCUAAAGUGCCUCACAGUUUUAUCAUGUCCUCAAAGUGUGGAUAGCAGAUGAGUAAAGAAAAGCAAAAAAGGCAGGGAAUUAGGGAUGGGGGAAAGGUAGAAAGGAAACAACAGAAGCAGGAAGUGCUUUUAUUGACUUCCUGCCGUCGACAUAGUGUGGUAAUUGUUUUCAUUUCCUCUGCCUACUUUGGUGUUGUGUUAUUGUUGUUUGUCUGGCCGCCAUGAAGCCAGGUAGGGGACAGCAGACCAGCUUGUGAGGGGGUCAGUUAAGAAUUGAAAUCUGACCGCACCCACCACUCGUGGUCAAAGGUCAACUCCUCUUCUCGGUUCACUGAUGAUGAAGCGCUGUAUUGAGUAAACAGGGGCGAGGAAAACCCUGUUUGAAAUCUCAUUUCUCUUCCUCUUCCAAAGCUAAGGAACAUUGGAGCACAGCCCUGCCAGCCUGGGGUGGGAUUAAGGUGACACACCGCCCCCCAGCCAAGGGGGGAAGGAUUUGAGGGAUGGACCAACAGCCACAACAGAGCUUCUAUUAGGCGCAACGAGCAGAGAGACACUCUCUGGCCAACAGGAAGCUAGCCAGCCCUUUUAUCCGCUGGUCAGUAAGAUGUCAGCUUGAGAAAAACUCACCUUGAUCUGGCUUCACCUCCUCCGCCAAUUUUUCUUGUUUAGCCACGCCUAACUUCCUGCCUCAAACAGGAAAUGGGAGGAGCAUUUGGUGGCUAAGCAGACACAGCGAGCCUCCUUUUCUGCCUCAUACCUCACCGUUCCUCACUCCUGCCUCUCUCCCUCCUCUUUGGUUAUUCGACCAUUCCUCUCCCUCCUACGCCGGGAUUUUUGCUUUUUUCAACCCUGGGGAGGUGAAGGAGACCAGGGCAACAGAGAUGGAGGGUUGAGAGAGAGCGGGAGUGACCGAUUGAAAGAAAACAGACUCUGGGCAUGGAUCUACAGAGGAUCUGUCCGUCAAUCAACCUCACUUCCUUCUCCGAGACCCUCCUCUUCCUCUCAGCGUGGAAUCCUAUUGGAUUUGCCGCCACACACUCUCCCUACAGACCACGCCCACUAUGUAUUUAACAGUUGAAUAUUGUGCAAAACUGGCUAGCCAUGACUAUUUUGUUUUAAAUUCAUGAUGUUAUUGGUUUAAUUUAUCCUUGAUUUGUUUGCACAAUCGGGGUGCUGGUCUUAUAAAUGUAUUUUUGCUCGUUUUAUUUUAGGAGAAUUUUAAGAGGUUUUAAGUAUCGAAGCAGGGCGUAGUGUUUGCGUGCGAGUGUAUAACUAUAUUUGUGAGUGCGGGUGCGUGUCUGCGUUUUAGUACAGAAUGUAUGUACGUACGAAUGUGUGAGAUAGCGUGUGUAUCUAAAAGGGGGGGCUUUCUCUCUAACAGUAUGCACCUUUUACAGAUUGUAUCUAUUUAUUUAUUUAUUUUUCCCAGAAGAGAAAAAAAUGUGUGUUAGGAUGUGCGUUUGUAUGUGUGCGUGUCCGAGUGGUUACUUAUGUAUUCUAAAAAGCUGAUUUUAAGCCUAGACAGUAAAUUAAGGUAGCAUUACAAGUAUGGUAUUCUGUGAGGGUGUGUGUGUGUGUGUGUGUGUGUGUGUGUGUGUGUGUGUGUGUGUGUGUGUGAUAAUGGGCCUCCUUAACACAGGGUUACCAUGGACAGGCAUGCUUCCAAAGCUUUGUGAUUUCUUUAGCACGGUUUUUACUUUUUCGCCAAGCUGCACAGCCACUCUAUCAUUGAAAAUGAGUCAUCAUAUAACGUUUCUUUUUUCUCUGCUCAGAGGGGGGUCAGGCGUCAGGUCUCCAGCAGGGGGGGAAGUGACGGUUCAGUUUACAGUGGUCAUGAAUCAGGGCAUUGCAGCUUGGCUAGAAGAACAAACCUUUUGGCAAUUGCUGCUUUUCUUCUUUAAGGUGGAUGGUUGCUCUGAGUGGUAGAAGCACCAAAUUCACACUGCCACAGGGACGCCUCAUUAAUGAAGGGAGGGGUGACACCCUGAUCACUCGACUGUAACACACCAUUAUCACAUGAUCUCCUCAUUUCAUCAUAGUUUAAACUCCAAAUGAACUAUUAGGGCUGGUUUACAGAUGCUGCAAGACUUCUGAAACACAUCUCUUUCUCUGAGGUCUGCUCAUGUCACAGAGCAUUAUGAUUUAGUCUCAUUGUUAGAAAUGAAACAGCUUCCCUUUUCUACCCUGGCAGCUCUUUUACUGUCAGUUGAUAAGAUAAUUGUUGGGUUAACGUGAUAAAUGAUUGGAUAUAGAUCAGAAAACUACUGUCAGCUUGGAGAGAAGUUCCGUCCUGGAUUAUCCCCUGGUGCAACUUUUUGUGUAUUCAUUUCUCUUCUAAUGGCUUUUAGGUAGCAUGCUGAUGACUUUCUACUGACCUUUCUCUCUUAUAGUUUCACUUGAGAUAAGGAAUGACCACGGUACACAGUUAUAAACCUCAGUUCACAGGGUCAUGUAUCUUCUCCAAAAUCAUUCCUAAUGUCACACACAUCCUCGGUGCCAACUGUCACAUUUAUUAAACAACAUCAACAAAAUAAAUUCAGCUCUUUAAAAUGUGAUGUUACAAGUUAUGCUAUAGCCACUGGGAUGUUGGAAACACCUAACUGUUGUCACCACCACAAUCCAGAUGCAAGGUCAGCUGGACACUAAGGUAGUAAGAAAGUCAUUAUCUUGAAUUAAAAACAGUACUUUUCAACUGAAAAUCUCUUAUGAGAUCUACAGAAAAUCCAAUACGUUGCAUUAUAUUAUCCCUUAAAAUCUCACCUAAUCACACAGACACAUGUCACCUUACAACCAUGUGUUUUCUCUUUUAUUUACCGUUGAGGACUCAUUCCUACAUGUUAAGCAAAGCAGCUCAUGGCAGGGAAGGGUACGUAUGAACACACUGCCAUACACUGCAUCCUGUGCCAGUAACAGACUUCUGACAUUAUUAUGCAAACUAAAUGUGAAUGUUGAACGUGUUUUUAGUGGCAGUGCUAUUGUUGUUUUGUGGUUCUGACCAUACUGCAAACCCUGAGGAAGUCUGUGUUGUCUAAGGAAUACCACCCCCCCCGAAAUGUCACCUGUUUUCUCUUUUUCUUUCCUCCUGUCUCCAGCAUUUCCUUCUCUCAGUUACUCGAAAAUGCCCACCUCAUGAAAAUAGUACUUUUAUUAAAUAGCGUGGUACGGUAAUCUCACAGACUGCUUUGCGGCUCACAUCAGUUCCUGUAUGAGCUGCUUCUUUUAGUCAAUCUGAAGGUCAAGGAAAUCAGAAUUGGGUAUGGUUAAGCCAGUGUGUGCAGGGAAGCAUCUGGGACGUUCCAUUAAACAUGAAAACAAUCACACUUGCGUUGUGGUUUUGGAUUAAACACUUUGUCGGAUCAGCCCUCGUAAAGUUUAAUUAUGAAUUUAAAAGACAUAAUUGGUCGUCCUCCUGGUUAAAUGAAACCAGCAGGCACCUGUAAUGUGAAGUAGCUCCAGAGCAGUGAGCCUGCUUUCUGUCUGCCAGUGUAACAGCUGUGAACGGGAAGGCAGUCUUGCUAAGAAAGUGCGUAUUGAAUGACGAUAGUAUGAAUCAGUGAAUCAUCGAAAACAGAACCAGUGCCAGACCAGUUAAAGAUAGGAUGGGAAGAUUGACAUUUUUAUGGCUUUGCAUAAUCAUUUGUACCAAUUAUAAAUGUUUCCUCCAGCUUUGAGGAUUAAAAACAGAGAUAAUGCAUGCACUCAGAAACUACAUUCACUCCAGAUCCUUCACUUUUGUGUUUCUGUUUGAAUAUUAUAGACACAUUUAGAGUACGCCUGCAUAUCAGAAGUGCCGAACCGGGCUGUUUGACUUGCUGGUGAGAGAUUCAGAGGCCUGUGGGGCCCCUGUGUGGAGGCUUCAUGUUUCCUUUAGGUCAGGAUGCUGCAGUGUAUGCUAUGAGUGGGUGUAAUCCUGCAUCCCACAAGAUAUGCAAAAACAAUGCAAUAACUAUGACUGUACACAAGGUUCCAGAAGUAAAAUACUUGUGAAAGUUUAAAAAUAUAUAUCAUGAAGAUGUAUUUCUUUCUGUUUGUUACAUUUGAAGUAGUGUUCCUUAAGUGGUUUCCUUGCCAGGGGAACCUAACAUACUUGAAAUCAGGUACAUUGCAGUGCAGUUUAGUAAAUAUGUAUUUAUUUAUCCUUCAUUGUGCCAGAGUGUUGGAUCUGCAAUGUCUGUCUGAAAUGUGUAUCGAGUCAUGGAGGGGAAGUGAGUUUUGCUCUUUAUUCCCAGAAUGCAAGUCGGUAUUUUAAUGAUUCUGCAUUAGAUACUUCCCCUCCAGGACUCAAUAUGUGUUUGACUGCAUCCUUCUCUCUUGUUUUAGUUUUAAAUAAAGCUCCCAUCAGUAUUGCAUGAAGAUCACAUUAACGUUGCCAGGGGUUUGAAGUUGUUUUGUUCUGAUCAGGUUAAGUAUCAUAUCACAUUAAGACAGAGUAGCUAUUUCUAUUUAGUGUACAUAGAUUUAAAGUCAGUAUUACUCUAUAUAACACCAGGCUGUGGACAGCAGUGGAGGAAGGUGAUUUUGCAUAUCUUGUGUCUUAUGGGCUCUUGGUACAUGUUCUGAUUCUUUUCCCCCAGAAAGACAGAGCUCAUGUUUCUAUGAAUGUGGAAAGGUGAGAGAAAAAGCAACCUGCAGUAUUUUACUCCCCACUUUAGACAGCUGUCACUAACUCUGCUUAUUCGUUGUCUCUGUAUUUGACUCAUAUCUUUUCCUUGUCUUCAGAGGAUGGACCAGUUGGAAUGAUGUGUAUGAAAUGGACCAAAAUACUCAAUAGUAAUAGUUUUUUACAAACCGUAUUGACAGAUUGAAAGCAAGGCUCAGGACAGACAGACAGAUAUAGCACACACACACACACACACACACACACACACACACACACACUGCUUACUAGCUAUAUUUAAGCACAUAGUGAACCAUUUACAUGAAAAAUAUAAACUUAAACUCCACCGGAGGAACUUGUGCUGUGUUCCAAUUCCAUACCACACAACCUAAGGCGUGUUAAGAGUAAAAAAAGAUGUAGGUGAUAAUAUAUAGAUUAAGUCCCAAGUAUGGGUUCUGGGUCAAAUACUUUGAAUACUGCAUUUCCCAUAAUUCAACAAAAAUCUAAUCUGACUACCUUUUUUAAACUGCAACUUGACUUCUGCAUCUUGAAAGUUAGGAAACAAUUAUAGAUGGUGGCCAGAUACAACAUGAUACUGUGUGUUGUACAAUGACACAUUUAACAUUUAUUACGAAUGUUUUCAAGUCAAGGUUCAACAUUUGACAGUGCAGUAUAAAAUAUUAAAUGAUGCUGCUUUAUUGUGAACACACUGAAAACACCCACUUUAAAGAUUAGUAUCUAGUCAUAUUGUAUGAAAAUAGUGUGUAUUGUGGAAUUGGAACACAGCCCCGGUUUGUUGUCUGCCACUGAUCGACCCUUUCUAACAGCUGAUUUUUCUGUCUAAAAAAGCACAGGUGACAUUAAUACUCUUAGUCCUGGCCUUCCCUCACUCUGGUGUGCCAGUUGCUGUAAAUCUAGACCCAGUGAAUGGCUGUUAUUAUUGAUAUUAGUUAAAUGUGUGUGUUUGUGUACAGCUUAUCUGAGAAUACACGCCUCUGCCAUGAAGAAUGCAAGGGAAGACAGGAAGAGAAUAAAGAGUGACAAUCUGUUGAUGAAAAUAGGAGGCAGGGUGUUUGGUCUGAGCAGGAAUGUAAGAUGGAGGGUUUUUUAGGGAUUGUUGAUAGUUUUAUUCCAUGUCUGAAUCACAGGGUUGUCUACAUGGAGGAUUAUAUACCAAGUGAUGUUUAAUGUGCAUGGGUUUCUCUCCAGGGAUAUAAAGUAUUGGUCCAAUGUGAAUGAUAGUACCUUAUGUCUCACCACUAGCCAAUGAUUGUAUAUUUUUAUACAACAUAUACCAUAUUAUAGCAAGAUAUAUAUGAAUAUAUAGUAUUUAAUCACCAGAAUGUUAAAGUAAAGGGCAGGACACUUAUUUGAGAAUGUAGAUUGUGAAAUGCUGGUUCUAGCGAUGUGUUAUAAAGGCAGACUGACAGAGAAGAACUUGUUGGAACAAGCCUAACUUUACUGAGUGUAGUUUCUGACCAAAACGAGCCAAGCAGGGAAUGCUGUAGUUCUAUUUCCUGAAGGAGAAACAGUGUAUGCUGGGCUUUUAGGUCAUUUUACAACAUACUAUGAGGCUCUUCAGUACAUAAAAUAUGGCUACAUUUAAUUAUCAUAAGCUGCAUAACACAAAUACUAAAUGACAAAUUGACCUUCAGGUAGGACCCCUGGAAAUCUCACCAUUACCAGAGCUGUGUCUCCAAAAGAGGCUAUUUCUGCAGAUUCAGAAGACACGACGGAACAGGAAUGGAUCUGGAAGCUAACAUGCUUUUGUUUUGUUUACCGUUAAGGAGCUGAAAUAGACUAACCUACCAGCAGCCUGUCAGCGCAGGUCAGAGUCUGGACGUGUUCCUACUGUAGCACCGGGACGCCUGUCUCUUUCACUAGUCCUGCAAACACUGUACACAAAUGCAUUAUUAAAGACAUCAAACCAAAAAAUCCACUGAUCAAGGACUAGAUCUCUCUAUGCUUUGAGCCAUGUCAAUCAUGUAGCUUCUAUUUUUUCUUCCAAAAAAGAAUUAGAGAGCUUGAAAAACUCUCAGGUAAGUACAGUCAGACAGGGGAGUAAAUAAGUCCAGCUGCUGUCCAACUUAAGGAUUCUGAGGGUUUAUGCAGCAAAGGGAAAAAGUUUAGUUUGGAUGAGUACAUUUUAUGAGAUAUUUUAUGGCACAUUUGAUCCAAAAAUGUUGAAUUGAUAAUCUGCAUCUGGACAGUUGAAAACGAUGUUUAUAACAGAAUACAUUCAUCUGUUCAGUGUUAAGACGUCAUCCAACAUGCUUUAACAAAAAUAGUAUUUGCCUCAGUUAAAAAGCUAAUAGAGUUGUGUAUUUAUCCUUAACUGUCCACAGACGUGUUGCUAUUAACCAGAGAGUGUGAGGCUGCAGAUUUCCUCAUGGAUCCACCAUCUGUUGCACGUUAUAUUUUCUUGUACCCGAAAUGUUCAUUGAUCCCUGAUUGAUCCUGACACAAAUAUUUUAAGAGGACUAUUUUGAAUAUAGAUUUAAUUUCCUUUUUAAAAUGCAGAGUAUCCUGCUGUCCAAGUAUUCUAAAUAAAUGUAGAUCAUGAAUUCCCUUUUGCUGGAGGAACAUGGUCUCGCCGUGUUUCUCUUGUACAGAUGUUGUUUUGGCAUUGAUGAUGAUGGAAUGUGGAACUGAGAAUUAUAUAAGGAAUAUAUAUUAUGAAAAACACAUUUAUAUUGCAAGUAUCUUCUAUUUUGGAUAUCAUAUAAAUAUAAAAUAUAUCUAAAUGAGAUGAUAGUAUAUGAUUGUUUGGAGUUGGAUCAAAACAAAUCUUGUUUGAGGGAAAAUGCCCAAAUCAGUUCCAGAUGUGCCAGAGUGUUGAACUCCACACAUACUGUUAUUAUUUAUUAUUAGUGGCAGUGUAUGGUUCCACCAUCAGCUGAGUGUUUCCACUAGGCUAUCAAAACCCCAUCGACAAGUUCCCUUCAUGCUAUCGUUAGCCUUGUAUGUGUGUUGCAGGAGGAGUUAGGGAUUACAAUACCUGAGGGAUUCAUUGUCAAACUUGAUUAAAAAUCAAGAAAUUCAGCAUCAAGAAGGAGAUUAUGUUAAUUAUUUCUUCGAUAUGAAAAAUCCCAUUCAAAGAACACUUUUGUAAAAUGUAUUCAGGCGUUAAACCUUAAUAAGUGUUGAAAGAAUCUCAAAGAACUCUAAACAUGUUGUGCUGCUCUGGCUCAUGCUGUAGGAACACUCUGCUAUAGUGUUGGGAAAUGUUAUUGGUUCAUGAUGGUUUGGAACAAAAAUGUGAUUGUUCUGUGGCUGAUGAGCCCUAACAUGAAGAAAUAAAUGAUAUUUGUUUGCCUAAUAGAUUUUUAAAUAAUGACAGCUCUAUUUACCUUACCCAUUGUGUAGCAGCACACUAUGAGAACAUGCAGCCUGGCUGUUGGAAGGACUUUAGUCACUCAUUGAUUCUCUUUUUUGUAUUCACACACAAAGCUCCUUAACAUUGCACCAAGAAUGAUAUCAUACCUUGAAUGUAGGACGCAGUGAUGCUCAUAGCAGUGUACUUGCAUAUCGUUAAAAUCACAUUAAUAUUUAAAAGUUGGACUACUGUUUUAUGUAUGGAUACAUGUCCUUUGUUAGCAGCCCUGAAUCAAAGAACAUCUUCUCAGUUUUGAACAAGACACACAUAAAAGUCAGAUUUGACCUGUAUGCCGUGUGCACAAACUUUACUUUGACCACAGAUAGUUAAAAAGUGACAGGUCUUGUAUGCCUGUGUGUAAAUGCAGCUUUAACUGAUGAGCGGACCCACCUGAGAGCAGUGUCCUGUACCUGUGUUUCUUCUGUCGGUUAGUUCUUGCUAACAGCAUGCAGGUGUUAACUCAACAUUUUGAACCCAGGCAGGGUGAUGGUUCAGUGGCAGGGGAUCCACAGCUCCACACUCAGCAGAGUCUCAUCAAGGCCUCUCUGCUGCUUAUUUCCUGGGUAAACGCCAUGGCUUCGUGGCCCUGUCCUCCACUGGUCAGCAGUGUCUUAUGAUCUUGUUCUUGUGUUAGUUCAUGCAAAGUGUUAAAGGGCCUUGGACAGGAUGAGCUGACUGUUUGUUUCUGUUGUUUUCUGUCAGAGAGAGUCUGUUAUUAUUUGUCUGGAGAAGUGUUCACAGAGACCAAUUUGUUGUAGUAUUAUUAGUGACGCUACUGUUAAAUGUAGUAUUUAAUAACGGCACUAUUUAUGGUCAGAAAAUGAACUAGAGUGUGUUCCUGUACUUGCGGUAGCUUUGGAGGCAGGUGGUCAUUUUGUAACUGUUCUUUAACAUAAGCCACUCCCCCUCCACUUACGAGGGAUUUCAUUGGUUCUGAGGUUGCUAAGUGACUCUGGCCCAACAUCACUUGGUUUCCUCAGUAACCGUUUGUCUCCUAGGUGACGACUGGAUGGUCUCACAGUUGACACCCUUUUUUCUUUGUACUGAAGGAGAGUUCUGACUAUUCUUUUGUUCAUUCACUUCAUUUUACAUUUUAGAAAGGGAAAGAAUACAAAUGAAAUAAAUCAGAAUAUUAAUUCAAUCACUUUUCUACUCCUAUUUUCAAUAAAAAGUGAAACGAAAAACCAAACAAAAAGUUGAUUUGUAAAUAAGUAAUGUACAGUUUGUAUCUGUAACUUGUCAGUCUGUCAUUGGUGACAGAGUCUGUCUUGCUUAUAACGCACGCUACCAGUAAAUAAAAAAAGGAAAAAGUAUAUUUAGACUGUAUGGUCCCUUGAAAGCAAGUUUUAAAUUAAUAUCUGAUGUAUAUUCCUGUAACAUUGCAUUUUUAUCUGAGGAAUGAUGUUAUUAAAAAAUUGCAAAUAAAUUGCAUUU